GAAAAAACUCAAUUUUUCAGAUGUAAAAUGGGGAAGAAUGAUAAACCUACCUGGCGAACUUGGACAUAUUUAACGUUACUAAGUCUACUGUCUGUUAGUGGAGGGAUUUGCUCUCUUAUUUAUGGAAUUUAUAAUGUUCAACGAGAUGACACGGAAGUACAGUUUUCUGGACUCUGCUGGAAGUAUAGUCUGCUUAGUGGAUCCAUUAUUAUAAUAUUUACAUUUGUUUGGUGUAUGUGUAGUCUACUCUUCAAGUCAACCCUCAGCCAGUUCAGAACUGUUAGUUCUAAACUGGAUAAUUCAGUUUAUGAAGAUGAUAACAACAACAAUCACCAAGAUGAAAGCUAUAAGAAAUCAAAACAAAAACUUGAUGUGAAGAAGAAAACAAAAAACCUUAAACUUCAGAGGCGAAGAGAAGAGUUAAUGAAGCUGUUACAAAAGAUGCGGUUUCUUAGAAUAGCAAUUCUCUGCUCAAUGAUGGUCACAUGUCUUAAUGAGAUAUGUGCCACAGGCAUAUUCUGGUACACAAGAGGCCGCCUUGGAGACUCAUUUGCUAUUUCCAAAAACUGUUUCUGUGCUAGAACUGAAGAUUUUGGAUCAGUGGAAAAUUUGCUAGUGCCAUCUUGUCCUGAAAAGGAUGAAAAAAAGAAAAAUAUUUUUUGCCUCAGUGUUUACCAUCCUGUUAAAAUUGUAAAUGAGAAUAGGACUUCCUUCACCCUGAACUGCCAGAAACUGUCUGGUGAGGGGACCAGAGAUCCGUUCUGUCUUGAGUACCAAGAUUUCUGGUUCUGGUUCAAGAUAUUAAGAGUAUUGUUGCCUCUAGUGAUCAUACUCAAAAUACCCAUAAUUCUCGCCAACUUCUUCCAUACCUACAUGUUUCAGCAGCAGGUAGUAUUGGAUCCAAUUCAGGAGGCAAGUUGGUUGGGGUUGGAGUCGAUGGUUGAAGGAAGAAGGAUUGAUCCUGUUCAAUUCUAUGGAAACAUUUGUGCUCCUGUAGAGAACAGAAAAAUUCCUCCAUUUGAGGAAAGGCUAGGCCCCUAUGGACAAGAGCAAGAGAAGGCUGAACGGUCCUUCAAUAAUAGAACUGAAGCGGAAACCACUUUCAUCAGGGGUGAAAGGGAAGAAAAAUCUGAGAGAGCUGUUCCAACCUUUACUUUUCUACAGACCUCCGACUCUCCUCCAGACAAAACUGAGAAUACAUUUUCCACCCCUGUCCCUUCACACAAGAAGAAGGUCUCCCCUAACUUUAAUGUAAGCCAAGUUGUAAGUGUGACUCCCCGAAGAUGUUUUGAUCCAAAUCUCUCAGUUGCUGUCUCUUUGCAUGAAGACGGAAAUGCUAGAGCUAGACUCACUUCUUUUGGACCCAGCAACAAAAACCUCCUACUGAGUCUUCCAGCAAACUCAGAUAAACUUCCGCCACCUCCAGACUACUCUUUAGUUGCAGAUGACCAUGGGAAGGAUAGGAAGCUACCACUUCCUCCCCUUUGUGUUUCCCUUCACAAUGAUACUCUGGGAGCUGAACAGACUUUUAGGAAAAUAUCUUUAAUUGACACAAAACAAACUUCAAAUUAA